AUGUGUCUACCAACAGAAGAAAUCCCAAAGCAGCAGCAGCAGCAGCAGCAGAAGUCCAAGAAAUUUGAACUAAAAGCGUGGCAAGAGGGUGGCAUUUCAUCCUUUGACCAAACCUGCUACGCUGAUUAUUGGGACGACGAAACGAUUGUCCCAUCCAUUCCUAUUUCUUCUUCUGGCGAUACGAUGGAUCCCUUUGACUUUGGUCAUCGCAUGGCGCUAGGGAAAUGUUUGAUCAGGAACACCGCUGGAUCCAAAUCUAAUUGUUGGGGAGAAAAGAACUAUUCUGAAAAACAUUGGUAUUGGGCCUAUUUGGCACAGUUGGACUGGCAAUGGAGGACUGGACGAUUGUCCUACUCUGGUGGAUCUACAAUUGCACCCAAAACUACCACCAAUCUUCCUACUACCAUAAUAUCGACCGCAGCAUGGUAUGGAAACAUGAAUGCCAAUUUUUCUGUUGCCGCCUAUAUGGGAGCCAUGAAGGCAAAUCUCGUUCCUUCUAUCAAAUUGGAUACCUGGCGUAAAAAUAUUGAAGAGGAUCCUGGAUUCCAAAUUUGCGUCGAGGUUUGGUAUGAGUUUUGGAUUGGACCUCAUGCCAAGUAUCUAACUACCAUGGAAAGCAGCGCCGCCGCUAGUCAGGAAGAGCAGGAUGCCGAAACAAAAGAAACCUUGGAACGAGAAGCGCUCAUCGAAGUGUACCGAGCACUUUGGGAAGCCCAUACGGAUAUCAUUCAUGCUGGUGUCGAACAUAAUCGGCAAGAAGAAGCCUUGUUACCAGAACCGGAACGUAAGUUUGCCAUGGGAUGGUGCCACAUGGUCGAACUCUUUGCGGCCAUGGGAUACACCCUCUUGUCGUUGGAGGCCCUCAUGGUAAAUGGGGCAGGUUACCUUCCGUCGCAAGUCUUGCUGGACGAAUCAGUGUUGGAGCAUUUGAAGAAAAACAAACCCGAUGAAUACCAGCAAACCAUGCAAGUGAUGGAUCUGUACAAUGCCACGUCACUCCAAUUGGAUUCCAUGUGCGGAUUCUUUCGACGAUUGACACGAUGGGAAUGGGAACGUCAGCAAAUGCCCAUUACCUUGAAGAUAUUGAAUAAGGGCGCGGUAGUCCCCAAGACGAAAUUGCUGCUACGCAUCUUGACCAAGAUUAUAAUCCCACAUCCUACCAAGAGUACCUUGAUGGAACGGAGCCUCUUUGCAGCGGCAGCAGCAGUUGCCACUGGAGCUUUGUUUAUGAAACAAUCGGCAAAGUAA